AGAGAACCGUCCGUCGGACACUGAAGUAUGAACCCACACAAUGAAGUCACGCAUGACGUGUGCGCACAAUAGCAUUUCUCGAGAGGGGCCGACACUGGUCGGCGGUAUCGCCAUAAAUACACCCCACACUGUUAAUUAUCAGCUCAAUGUUGUUUUAUUUUGUGGCCAAAAUGGGAGAGAAAAAUGGCAGAGUUUGUGUAACAGGCGCCGGAGGGUAUGUAGCUUCAUGGCUUAUCAAGAUUCUUCUUUCUCAAGGCUACGACGUUCACGGCACCGUCAGAAAUCCUGGGGAUGCCAAAAACGCACAUUUGAUGAACCUUGAAAAUGCAGCUGUAAAGCUGAAACUCUUUAAGGCAGAUUUGAUGGAUUUCGACUCCAUUCUUGCGGCCGUCAAAGGAUGUGAUGGAGUGUUCCAUGUCGCCAGCCCGGUUCCUCCUACCUCUGUACCAAACCCAGAGGUAGAACUGGUCGAGCCUGCUUUAAGAGGUACUCUUAAUGUCCUGAAAGCAUGCUCUGAAGAGAAGAAAGUCAGACGUGUUGUGAUUGUAUCAUCUGUAGCUGCGGUUAUGAUGAACCCUAACUGGCCCAAGGAUCGGGUUAUGGACGAGACAUGUUGGUCAGACUCCGAAUACUGCAAGACGACUAAUAAUUGGUAUUGUUUCUCAAAAACAGUGGCUGAGGCUGAGGCUUGGGAAUAUGCAAAGAAAAACAGCCUAGAUGUUGUGACCGUGUGUCCGAGUCUUGUCCUUGGACCUAUGCUGCAGCAUGCAACAAAUGCUAGCAGUUUGGUUCUUGUUAAGCUGUUGAAAGAAGGAUACGAGGAAGCAGAAAACAAAGUCAGGAAGAUAGUUGAUGUACGUGAUGUAGCAGAAGCGCUAAAACUAGUGUACGAGAAACCAGAAGCUGAAGGUAGAUACAUAUGCACAGCUCACGCCAUCAAGACUCGGGAUAUGGUCCAAAUUCUGAAGGAAAUCUAUCCAACCUAUAACUAUCCCAAGAGCUACAAAGAGGGAAGUGAUUUGGCAGAAAUGAGUUCAGAGAAACUGCAAAGGCUUGGUUGGAAGUGUAGGACACUGAGAGAAACUCUUGUGGACUCAGUUGAGAGCUACAGACAGGCCGGCCUAAUACAAUGAUACUUUCCUAUGUUGUUUUUCAUUAACUACCACUUUGUAAUUGCCUCAAUAACUUUUAUAUAAAAUAGUCUGCAUUUGGAUUUCCUAUUCUAAA